AAGUGCCGCUAUAAAAUAACAACAAAUCAAAACAUUGCUCUAGUGAGCUUAAAAUGCUUCUGCAAAAGAUAUUUUAGAUAGUAACUAAAAUAUCUUUUGCUUCUGCCAACAUUUAAUAGAGCAAAAUGCUUAGUAAUUAUUUAUUAAACCAACAAAAAAUCAUCCUUAUCAAAGACCAUCUAGGAAUUGAGAACUCUGCCUUGGAAAUAGUCACGAAAUGGCUAAGCGACGGAAAAUCACCAGAUGCCGUUCCGCAACUGACCAAAUCACUGGAAGAAGUUGCACCAUUUCUUCUUGCUCGGAUAUCGAAACUUAUCCGUUCGAAAUCCGCCGAGGAGCUGUUUAAAUUCGUCCAACGUUGCAAGCGUAGCAGUUCAGUUCAGUACCUGUUUAUUUGGGCGGCGGAAAAGAAUAUCUCGCAAAGCUUCUUGGUACCUUAUCUGGAACAUCAGAGCGAGUUGAUUGUUACGAUCGAGGACGAACGGCAUCUGACGAUUUUGACGAAAAAAUCUGGCGGCUCGAUUAGCCACAAACGCUACCAAUAUCAGCUGCAGGAAGGUAGUUUUUCGGUGAAAGAGCUAAAGAAAGCAGACAUGGCGAAGACGGGUGCUGCGACGAAUGAUUCAACGGCGGUCAGCAUAGACCCGGCAUCGCUGGGGACGUUUAAAAUCGGUGAUUUGAAAAAGGAGGAACAGGAAGCGAAAGAAGCGCUCACCCUGCCGUUUGAAUUCUUCAAAACAACUCCCGAAGGAGGUCGUGUGCUGUAUCACCCUGAUGCCGAGGACGAUUUGGAUGAAGAAGAUCCUGAUGAUGAUUUGCUGAUAUGAAAAUCAAAAAGGCGAAACUGUUUGUUUUCGAAAAUACAAUCUUGUACAUUUUUAUUAACGAUUUUCGA